CUCGGAUCCCAGCGCUGUCAUUCACACAGCUUUCAUUUUAACCCAACAAAAGGGAGAAGGAAAAAGAAAAGGAAGAAAAAAAAAGAAAAGAAAAAAGCGCGUGCGUGUCUUUUACACUUUUAGCAGUACCUUGUGGUCGAAGGAGGUACAAAAGCGAAAGCGCCCACACACGACAAAUCGAAUUAUUUUACCAAGGAAAGAAGUCGAAACUGUUGUGUUCCGUGCUGAGCAUUAACCAGCUCUGUACUGCUUUACAUUUCCUCUUUUUCCCCCUUCAGCUGCUAGAUUGCAGAAGACGCAGCGUCCAUAGCUUUCGACUUUACUCGCUUUCGUGUGUGUGUGUGUGUGCGCGCGUUAACGUAGGACGUUUCCCUUUUUUUUGAAAUCCGUGAGUAGAAGCGAGCUCGAGCUUUACGUGUGUGUGUGUGUAAACGCCCAGCUUGUUGACCGGUGAAGUUUAGUUUGCAGCGCACGCGCCGACUAACUGGCACAGUACCGCAUCGGAAGCGCACGUUGCGCGCUGUAAUAUUACACUAAGACUCCGCUUUUGUUAUUCCUUUCUGUUUCUUAUUUUCAACACGUUUAUUUAUUGCAAGUGGUGCUUUUAGAGGAAAGAGCACUGCUCGUGUAUUCCUCACGCCACCAUCGUGCGGACAGAAAGGGGCACAUUGUUGCCUCUCCUGCACGCUCGAGGCGAAGGGAAAGAAAGAAAAAGAGACUGCGAUUUGGACGGGAUUUUAUAAAAGUCUGAGCUACUUUAAUGCACUGAAAAGAUUUAAAAUAGGAGGUGGAGGAAGGUCAGUCCCAGGAGUGUUGGCUUUAAUCCGCGAUUUCCACAAGAAAACAAACAAAAAGAUACUUUAAGCUGAAGCAAACCUACAUUUUAAGAUGUGGUGACCUGCUUGCCGUGGACAGCUGUUCUCUUUUGAGCUUCUUCCUCUGAUGGUUCUCUUCCAUUGUUGUGUGAGACGUCAGCAACACUCUUCCCUCAGAACUUGAAAACUGGUCAGAGAGACACCAAUCUUUGAAAGCUUUCCUGUUAAGUGAAGUCGUACUCUUUGUGACCGGUCUACCCAGUGCGUCAGAACGCCAGCCAGAGAAAGAAAGCAUGGCUAACAACACUGUGGACCACCCACCUGGGAACUCUGUGGCUGAAGGCAAUCAUGAUGGGGACUUUGGCUGCACGGUGAUGGACCUCCGGGAACUGAUGGAGCUCAGGAGCGCAGAGGCGGUCAACAAGAUCAGAGACAUCUACGGAGACGUGCAGGGGAUAUGCCGUAGGCUGAAAACCUCUCCAGUUGAAGGGCUAUCUGGAAACCCGGCGGACUUGGAAAAGCGCCAUACGGCCUUCGGGAGGAACUUCAUCCCUCCUAAAAAGCCCAAGACCUUCUUGCAGCUGGUGUGGGAGGCAUUGCAGGACGUCACGCUAAUCAUCUUGGAGAUAGCUGCCAUAAUUUCUUUGGGCCUGUCCUUCUACCACCCACAGGGAGAUGACAGUAAUGCUUGUGGCCAGGCUGCUGGUGGUGUGGAGGAUGAAGGUGAAGCACAAGCGGGUUGGAUUGAGGGUGCCGCUAUCUUGUUCUCGGUGAUCAUCGUGGUGUUGGUGACGGCAUUCAAUGACUGGAGCAAAGAGAAACAGUUCCGUGGGCUGCAGAGUCGCAUCGAACAGGAGCAGAAGUUCACCGUCAUUCGCAAGGGUCAAGUUAUCCAGAUCCCAGUGGCUGAGAUCGUUGUGGGAGAUAUCGCGCAGAUCAAAUACGGUGACCUCCUUCCCGCUGAUGGGAUUCUGAUCCAAGGCAAUGACCUGAAGAUCGACGAGAGCUCCCUGACCGGAGAGUCGGAUCAAGUAAAGAAGUCCCUUGAGAAAGACCCAAUGCUAUUGUCUGGAACUCAUGUGAUGGAGGGAUCUGGGAGGAUGUUGGUUACUGCCAUCGGCCUGAACUCCCAGACCGGAAUCAUUUUCACUCUACUUGGAGCCGGCGGUGAGGAGGAGGAGAAAAAGGUCAAGAAAGGUAAAAAACAAGGAGCCCCUGAAAAUCGCAACAAAGCUAAAACCCAAGAUGGCAUCGCUCUGGAGAUCCAGCCCCUGAAGAGUGAGGAGGGAGUUGAAUGCGAGGAGAAAGAGGAGAAAGAGGUGAAGAAGGUCAAUGUCAACAAGAAGGAGAAGUCUGUACUACAGGGCAAGCUGACCAGGCUGGCUGUGCAGAUCGGAAAAGCAGGUCUCAUCAUGUCUGCCGUGACCGUCAUCAUUCUCAUCUUGUACUUUGUGAUCGAUACGUUCGGGGUGCAGGGGAAGGAGUGGAAGGCCGAAUGCACACCCAUCUACAUUCAGUACUUUGUCAAGUUCUUCAUCAUUGGCGUCACGGUGCUGGUGGUCGCAGUUCCUGAAGGGCUUCCGCUCGCUGUCACCAUUUCACUCGCCUACUCCGUCAAGAAAAUGAUGAAAGACAACAACCUGGUGAGGCACCUGGAUGCCUGCGAGACCAUGGGCAAUGCCACAGCCAUCUGUUCUGACAAGACCGGCACACUCACCAUGAACCGCAUGACCGUGGUGCAGGCCUACAUAGGUGACACACACUACAAGAAGGUUCCAGAACCUGAGGCCAUCAACUCUGAGACACUGGAGCUGUUGAUUAACAGCAUCGCCAUCAACUCGGCCUAUACCACCAAGAUCCUGCCACCAGAGCAUGAAGGUGGUCUACCAAGGCAUGUGGGUAAUAAGACUGAAUGUGCCCUCCUGGGAUUGGUCCUGGAGCUGAAGCAAGAUUACCAACCCAUCCGUGAUGAGAUUCCCGAGGAGAAGCUCUACAAGGUCUACACCUUCAAUUCAUCACGCAAGAGCAUGAGCACUGUGCUGAAAAACGCAGACGGCUCAGGAUUCCGCAUGUACAGCAAAGGCGCCUCCGAGAUCGUCCUCCGCAAGUGUUCCUACAUCCUGGACGCUGCAGGUCAGCCUCGGGUCUUCAAGUCCAAGGACCGGGAUGAGAUGGUGCAGAAAGUGAUCGAGCCCAUGGCUUGUGAAGGCUUAAGGACCAUCUGCGUAGCUACAAGGGAAUUCAAGGGCGAGGAGCCGAACUGGGACAACGAGGCCGAUAUUCUUUCAGACCUCACCUGCAUCUGCGUGGUGGGCAUCGAAGACCCUGUCCGUCCAGAGGUUCCAGAGGCCAUCGCUAAGUGCCAGAAAGCAGGCAUUACAGUGCGUAUGGUUACCGGUGACAAUAUCAACACUGCCCGUGCCAUUUCUACCAAAUGUGGCAUCCUGCAGCCCGGAGAAGACUUUCUGUGCUUGGAAGGCAAAACGUUUAACCAACAGAUCCGCAACGACAAAGGAGAGGUGGAGCAAGAUCGUCUGGACAAGGUGUGGCCCAAACUGCGUGUACUGGCUCGGUCUUCUCCAACAGACAAGCACACUCUUGUCAAAGGCAUCAUUGACAGCACGGUUGGUGAAACCAGACAGGUGGUGGCUGUGACUGGUGACGGAACCAACGACGGACCUGCUCUCAAGAAGGCUGACGUCGGGUUUGCUAUGGGUAUUGCUGGGACUGACGUUGCUAAGGAAGCCUCCGACAUCAUUCUGACCGAUGACAACUUCACCAGCAUUGUAAAGGCUGUAAUGUGGGGGCGUAACGUCUACGACAGCAUCUCCAAGUUUCUGCAGUUUCAGCUCACAGUCAACGUAGUGGCCGUCAUCGUGGCUUUCACCGGGGCGUGCAUUACACAGGACUCUCCGCUAAAAGCAGUGCAGAUGCUCUGGGUCAAUCUGAUCAUGGACACACUGGCCUCUCUGGCUCUGGCUACUGAGCCUCCCACCGAAGCCCUGCUACUGCGCAAACCCUACGGCCGAAACAAGCCACUUAUCUCCAGAACCAUGAUGAAGAACAUUCUGGGCCAUGCCGUCUACCAGCUGUCUGUUACCUUCACCUUGCUCUUUGCUGGAGAGAAGUUCUUCAACAUAGACAGCGGCCGCAAUUCUCCCCUCCACGCGCCGCCCUCCGAACACUACACCAUCAUCUUCAACGUUUUCGUCAUGAUGCAGCUCUUCAACGAGAUCAACGCCCGCAAGAUCCAUGGCGAGAGGAACGUCUUCGAAGGCAUCCACAGGAACCCCAUAUUCUGCAGCGUCGUCCUGGGAACCUUCAUCCUGCAGAUCGUCAUCGUGCAGCUGGGAGGAAAGCCUUUCUCCUGCACAGCUCUCACCCUGGAUCAGUGGCUGUGGUGCAUCUUCAUUGGUGUCGGCGAACUGCUCUGGGGCCAGUUCAUCUCGGCCAUCCCAACACACCGGCUCAAGUUCCUGAUGACGUUUGGUCACGGCAGCACCAAGGAGGAGAUGCAGAAGGAGGAGCAGAUCGAGGACGUAGAUGAGAUUGACCAUGCAGAGAUGGAGCUGCGCCGCGGACAGAUCCUCUGGUUCCGAGGGCUGAACCGCAUCCAGACUCAGAUGGACGUGGUUUAUACAUUCCAGACAAGCCAAACGGCAGUGCCCGGUGCUCUGCGGCGCCAGCCUUCGGUGGUCAGCCAGCACAACGACGCAAAAACCGUUUCUAGCCCCACGCAUGUAGGGCUUUCCCCUUCCACUGCCACAGCGCUGCCUGCCCCUGCUUCCUCCUCUACUGCAGGCAAUUAAGGUGGUGAACGCUUUCCGCAGCUCACUGUACUCGGGCCUCGAGUCCAACAGCUCCAUCCACAACUUCAUGGUCCACCCUGAGUUCAUGCCGCGAGUCGAGGAGGAGGAGCACGCACCCACGAUAGAGGAGAGCAGCGUCGAGAUCGAGCCGCUGCCUUCCUCAUCCUCGGCGUCCUCCUCCUCCGCCUCCCCCAGGAAAAGUGGAGGUGGAGGCGGAGAACCCCCAGACAGCUCCAUCCACGGCCGCGAGUCCUCCGUCUGACCAUCUUUUCCUCUCACCCCUGCAUCAAGCCCAGUUCUGUCCUCCUGCAAGCUCCUCCCUAAAGAACACCUCACCCUUCAUGCAG